GGCCGGCGGCGUGGGUCUUUGCUCUGCACGGAGCCGGCGCCUUGGCAGUUGCUUCGGCGGAAAGGUGGUAGUUCGGCAUUUGGAAAGGCCAGGGAACUAGCUACGAUUCUCUCAGCGGGUAAUUGGCUGCUCCUAGUCUCUCUUCUCCUGAAGUUUGAAAUGCUUUAUCUCAUCGGCUUGGGCCUGGGAGAUGCCAAGGACAUCACAGUCAAGGGCCUGGAAGUUGUUAGACGCUGCAGUCGAGUGUAUCUGGAAGUCUACACCUCAGUCCUGACUGUAGGGAAGGAAGCCUUGGAAGAGUUUUACAGAAGAAAAUUGAUUCUUGCUGAUAGAGAAGAAGUGGAACAAGAAGCAGAUAAUAUUUUAAAGGAUGCUGAUAUCAAUGAUGUUGCGUUCCUUGUGGUUGGUGAUCCAUUUGGGGCUACAACACACAGUGAUCUUGUUCUAAGAGCAACAAAGCUGGGAAUUCCUUAUAGAGUUAUUCACAAUGCCUCCAUAAUGAAUGCUGUAGGCUGCUGUGGUUUACAGUUAUAUAAGUUUGGAGAGACAGUUUCUAUUGUUUUUUGGACAGACACUUGGAGACCAGAAAGCUUCUUUGACAAAGUGAAGAAGAACAGACAAAAUGGCAUGCACACAUUAUGUUUACUAGACAUCAAAGUAAAGGAGCAGUCUUUGGAAAAUCUAAUCAAGGGAAGGAAGAUCUAUGAACCUCCACAGUAUAUGAGUGUAAACCAGGCAGCCCAGCAGCUUCUGGAGAUUGUUCAGAAUCAAAGAAUACGAGGAGAAGAACCAGCAAUUACCGAGGAGACACUUUGUGUUGGCUUAGCCAGGGUUGGAGCCGACGACCAGAAAAUUGCAGCAGGCACUUUACAGCAAAUGUGUACUGUGGACUUGGGAGAACCAUUGCAUUCCUUGAUCAUCACAGGAGGCAGCAUACAUCCAAUGGAGAUGGAGAUGCUAAGUCUGUUUUCCAUACCAGAAAAUAGCUCAGAAUCUCAAAGCGUCAAUGGACUUUGAACAUAGAUAUUUACUAUUGUCUGAUGUAAAUUUCAGCCAUAUAUGGAUUGAUAUGGUUUGGCUAUAUCCCCACCCAAGUCUCAUCUUGAAUUUUAAUCCUCAUAAUUCCCAGGUGUUGUGGUAGGUAAUUGAAUCAUGGGGGCAGUUUCCCUCAUGCUGUUCUCAUGAUAGUGAGCUUUCAUGAGAUCUGAUGGUUUUAUAAGCACCUGGCAUUUCCCCUACUGGCUGUCAUUCUCACUCUUGCCGCCCUGUGAAGAGGUGCCUUCCGCCAUGAUUGUUAAGUUUCCUGAGGCCUUCCCAGCCAUGUGGAACUGUGAGUCAAUUAAACCUCUUUUAUAAUUA